GAAGUGCCGCGGGCCGCUUCCCGCCGCGCUGCCGCCGCGCUUCGUCGUUCCGGGUGCUGGGGCUCCGGAUGGCCGCCGCCUCGUAGCGCGGGGCUCGCACCGCCAUCGCCGCCAUGGGCCGGGAGUCCAGGCAUUAUCGGAAGCGCUCUGCCUCGAGGGGCCGCUCUGGGAGCCGCUCCAGAAGUCGUUCUCCAUCUGACAAAAGGAAACGGGAGGACAGGCGCUCCAGGAGCAGAGAUCGGGAUCGCAGACGGGAGCGGUCGCGCAGCAGGGACAAGAGGAGAUCCCGUUCACGUGACAGGAAGCGCCAGAGACGUUCGAGGAGUAGAGAAAGGGAACGGAGUCGGGAGAGAAGAAGAUCGCGGAGCCGAGAGAGAAGGCGCUCCAGGAGCAGAAGUAGAGGCAGACGGUCUCGAUCCCCCAGUCCGAGCAAGAACAGGAAGACAGAAAACAGAUCAAGAUCUAAAGAAAGGACAGAAGGUGUGGAAGUUUCUAAAGAAAAGAAAAAAGAGAAAGAUGACAAGGAAGAAGAGAAAGAUAAAGAUACCAGUGCAUCUACUGUGGCCACUGAGAACUUUGAUCAGAACAAACUAGAAGAAGAAAUGAGAAAACGAAAAGAAAGAGUGGAGAAGUGGAGGGAAGAGCAACGCAAGAAGGCGAUGGAGAACAUUGGGGAACUGAAAAAAGAAAUCGAGGAGAUGAAACAGGGAAAAAAAUGGAGCUUGGAAGAUGAUGACGAUGACGAUGAGGAAACUGCAGAAGGAGAAAAGGAAGGCAAUGAGGUUGAAGAUGAAGAGUUAGAUCCUUUGGAUGCUUAUAUGGAAGAAGUAAAAGAAGAGGUCAAGAAGUUCAAUAUGAGAAGUGUGAAGGGUGGAGGUGGGAGUGAAAAGAAAUCUGGACCAACUGUUACCAAAGUAGUAACUGUGGUGACAACCAAAAAGGCAGUUGUAGAGACAGAGAAGAAGAAAGGGGAACUCAUGGAGAAUGACCAAGAUGCAAUGGAGUAUUCUUCAGAAGAAGAGGAAGUUGAUCUUCAGACUGCCCUAACUGGCUAUCAGACCAAGCAGAGAAAGCUGCUAGAACCAGUGGAUCAUGGAAAAAUAGAAUAUGAGCCCUUCAGGAAAAACUUCUAUGUUGAAGUACCUGAACUAGCUAAAAUGACACAAGAAGAGGUGAAUGUGUACCGACUGGAGAUGGAGGGAAUAACAGUCAAGGGAAAAGGCUGCCCCAAACCAAUAAAAACCUGGGUACAGUGUGGAAUUUCCAUGAAGAUUCUUACUGCUCUCAAAAAACACGGCUAUGAGAAACCCACACCCAUUCAGAGCCAAGCUAUCCCAGCAAUUAUGAAUGGUCGCGACUUGAUUGGCAUUGCUAAAACAGGAAGUGGAAAAACCAUUGCAUUUCUGUUGCCCAUGUUCAGACAUAUUAUGGAUCAGAGAGCUUUAGAAGAAGGAGAAGGUCCCAUAGCUGUCAUUAUGACACCUACUCGUGAGCUGGCCUUGCAGAUUACCAAGGAGUGUAAGAAGUUCUCAAAGACCCUUGGACUUCGAGUUGUUUGUGUGUAUGGAGGAACAGGGAUUAGUGAACAGAUAGCUGAACUCAAAAGAGGUGCUGAAAUUAUUGUUUGCACACCUGGACGUAUGAUUGACAUGUUAGCAGCCAACAAUGGUCGGGUGACCAAUCUCCGCAGAGUCACCUACGUUGUCCUUGAUGAAGCAGACAGAAUGUUUGACAUGGGUUUUGAGCCUCAGGUCAUGCGCAUUGUAGACAACGUCAGGCCUGACCGUCAGACUGUCAUGUUCUCUGCUACUUUUCCCAGAGCUAUGGAGGCGUUGGCUCGGAGAAUCCUAAGUAAACCCAUAGAAGUGCAGGUUGGAGGCAGAAGUGUUGUCUGUUCUGAUGUGGAGCAGCACGUUAUUGUGAUUGAAGAGGAGAAUAAGUUCUUAAAGCUACUAGAGCUACUGGGACAUUAUCAGGAGAAAGGAUCAGUUAUCAUAUUUGUGGACAAACAAGAACACGCUGAUGGGUUGUUGAAAGAUUUAAUGAGAGCUUCUUAUCCCUGCUUGUCUCUUCAUGGAGGCAUCGAUCAGUACGACAGGGACAGCAUAAUCAAUGAUUUCAAGAAUGGAACGUGCAAACUUCUGGUGGCCACAUCUGUAGCAGCAAGGGGUUUGGAUGUAAAACAGUUGAUGCUGGUGGUCAACUAUAGUUGUCCCAACCAUUAUGAAGAUUAUGUGCACCGAGCAGGCCGGACUGGACGAGCUGGUAAUAAAGGAUUUGCAUAUACGUUCAUUACUGAGGAUCAGGCACGGUAUGCUGGUGAUAUCAUCAAGGCUUUGGAAUUAUCUGGGAAUCCAAUUCCUGCUGAUUUAGAGAAGCUCUGGGCUGACUUCAAAGAACAACAGAAGGCUGAGGGAAAGCUGAUUAAAAAGAGCAGUGGGUUCUCUGGCAAAGGCUUUAAGUUCGAUGAAACAGAACAGGCCUUGGCUAAUGAGAGAAAGAAGCUACAGAAAGCAGCUCUUGGCUUGCAAGAUUCAGAUGAUGAAGAUACAGCUGUUGAUAUUGAUGAACAAAUUGAAAGCAUGUUCAAUUCAAAGAAAAGAGUAAAAGACAUGGGAACACCAGGAUCAUCCAACGCUCCUACGCCAUCCGCUGGUAAUGCAGAAAAACUGGAGAUUGCUAAAAGAUUGGCUUUGAGAAUCAAUGCCCAGAAGAAUCUCGGAGCAGAGGCACAAGUAUUUGUCCCCUUCCAUUUUAAGGACGUGAUGCAGCAGGCUACAAAUGCUAUCCUUAGAGGAGGCACAAUUCAAGCUCCUACAGUAUCUGCUAAGACCAUUGCAGAGCAAUUGGCUGAAAAAAUCAAUGCUAAGCUGAAUUAUGUACCUAUAGAGAAGCAGGAGGAAGAGAAACAGGAUGGUGGACAGAAUGAAUCUUUUAAGAGAUAUGAAGAAGAAUUAGAGAUCAAUGACUUCCCACAGACUGCCAGAUGGAAAGUCACCUCCAAAGAAGCGCUACAGAGAAUCAGUGAAUAUUCUGAAGCUGCUAUUACAAUCAGAGGAACUUAUUUCCCUCCAGGCAAGGAACCCAAGGAAGGAGAGCGAAAGAUUUAUUUGGCUAUAGAGAGUGCCAAUGAACUGGCUGUACAGAAAGCAAAGGCAGAAAUCACACGACUUAUAAAAGAGGAGCUUAUUAGAUUGCAAAAUUCAUACCAACCAACCAACAAAGGAAGAUACAAAGUUCUAUGAGUGCUUGGAGCAAUCUGUCUGCUGGUGGCUGGUGUGUGAGACUUCGUGGCUUCUGUUGUUUUGCUGUUUACACUGCUUAUUGUAAAUUAAGAUUUUUUUUGUUUAUUUUGUCUUGCAGACAUUUUUUAACAGGAAAUUGAUAUUUGCUGAGACAUCUUAAUUCUUUCCACUAAAGUUAGCAGUCUUAAAGCAGACCAGUUUUGGCGAAGCAUGACUUAAUUUAAAAGUGCAGUUUAUAUACUUCACACCAUAAAGGAUAUAAAAUAAAAUGAUUUUAAUUUUCCUGACAGGCUGUACUGUUAAGUAAAUUAAACAGCGUUGGGAUUUGUGUUGGAAAUUGUUAGAAUGUACCUGCUUCAUGCUGUGGGGAGGAUUCACACCAUAUCAGUUUAUACUGGAAUAACGAUAAAACACCAAAAUAAAGGUGGGAUUUUUUCCUGGUUGAUCCAUAGCAUCUCUCUGGCUGGUUCCACACACAGAAAUUCCCUGUACAAAUAUCCAUCGAAUGUCAGAGAGAGUUUUUUAUCCAGAAAUACUUGAGGUCUAGUUUUAAAAUCUUCUCAUCCUUUUGUCUCCCAUUUUGUCCCUAUGAUCCAGGUAACAGAAUAACUCUUUGGUGUUCUUUUUUUCUUUUCUCUUUUUUCUUUUUUUUUGUAAAGUGAAAUGUUUUGUAGUAUGAAAAUAGUUUCCAUGGUUUUUUUCUAAACAUCAGAAUUUUAGGAUUUUAUUUUUUUUCUCAUUCUCUGACAUAAGAAUGAAAGCCUGUUUCAUUUGAAAAGAAAUACUUGGAGAGAGGAAGAAAAAAGAGAGAAGCCUCUUUUGUGACGAAUAUAUGGCAUUUUUUACAGUGUUCUUAUAUAUACAUUUAAUGUGAUUGUCCUCAGGUUGUCUUUAUUACUGUUAGGACAUGGCUUUAAGUAAAAAUUGAUAACAAUAUUUAAGAAUUGGACCCACAGAUUUGGACUAUCAUUGCAGUCAGUCUGCUACCACAUCACUGGGACAGGCAAGACCUUUGGGGUUUUUUUGAGGUCUCAUCCACAUAAUCAUUAGUAUUUGUGAUGAAUUCCUUACUCGAAUCGUUCAGCUCUCCUGACUCUACUUAUUUGCAGCGUAAACAGCAGUAAUUGAACCACCUUGUUCUGGCAGCUGCACGACUUUGGAGAUGAUGGCUUUCAAAAGGACUUUUGUAGAAAGCUUUUCUUAGCUGACACUGAGAAGAAAUGUGUCGUUUUAAAGUAGCUGUGUAUAUACUGCUCUAACUCUGGUGAAGACAGAUCGUACAAUCUGCAUCAUAGCUGUAUAAAUUUACAUCUGGUUUCCAAUCUUCAGGUAAUUUAAAUGGCCAUUUCCAUUUGCUUACAAUUGUCUGUUAUUCUCAUGAUUGUGUCUUACUUUCAGUACAGGAAAGGGAAGUAAUGAUGAUAUUAACAGCAUACAUUCAGUAUAAAAGCACCCAUGAUGUAACACUUGCCGAUGUUAAUCCAGUAAAUCCUUGGGGAGAACAAAGAGAAGCACACAGUAAAGCAUUUAAAAAUUUAGAACAGAAAUCUCAAGCUAAAAAUUUAUGGUUUCCUUUAAAUACAUCAGGUUUGUUUCUGUUAAAAAGUGGGUGUUGGUGUGUUUCAUACAACCCUGUGCAGUUGUUUCACCUUCUGACACUGUCCUCCGAGAAGAGUAACAGAUUUUGAUGUAUUUCAUGAAGAGCACUUUCAAGUUUGGACAGUCGGACAUUCCUUUAAAAAUCUUGUUUCAAAAUGUUCAGAUAUAUAUUGGUAUCUCCUAAAAACAAACAGAAGGGCAUGAAGGAAACAUUCUCGUGACUUCCAGCUUUGCUCUGUUGGAUUUCAGAGCUGAAACAAUGUCUAGUCUUUAAACUUCCUGGGGUUUUUAAAUGCAAUGUCAAUAUUCCUAUGUUUUUUAAAUUACAGCAAAAAUAAAAAAUAAUUUCAAUGUA